AUGAGUAAAAGCGGCUUCGACAGGUCUAUCGGGCCUAAGGAAGCGCCAAAGUUUUCAGAGUACAACUUCAACAUCGAUGGUGCUGCCACCGUAUCUGCCAUCGGACGUAUCAAAGACACCAAGUGGCCUCGACCUUUACAGUCCGAUCCAGCUCAAAGGGGCCCCAACCUACUAUGUAAGUACCAUGGCGCUCAUGGACGCAGAACUAAGGACUGCCGACAACUGAGAGAGGAAGUAGCCCGGUUGUUCAACAACGAACACCUCCGAGAGUUCCUGAGCGAUCAAGCCGAAAACCAUUUCAGGAAUAGGGACUCUAAUAAGCAGACCGAGCAGGAGGAACCUCAGCACGUCAUUAACAUGAUCAUCAGUAGGGUCGAUGUUCCCCAGGGGCCGAUGUUAAAGCGCACCAAAGUAUCCAUCACAAGAGAAAAACUGACUCGAGAUUACCUGCCAGAAGGAACCUUAUCUUUCAACGACGAGGACACUGAAGGUAGCUCGGCCGAUAUCAUUAGAUCGAGAGUUGUAGAGCAGCCGGGUCUACAAGACCAAAUUGUGCCUACAGUGCGAGUUCUAAAUGGAUUCAACAUGGCAUUUGAGACCACUAAAAGGGAGAUAACACUACCGGGGAACACAACCGGAACCAUUCAGGAAACAAAGUUCUACCUAAUCGAAGAAGAUAUAAGAAACAAUGCUCUGUUCGGGAGGCCAUGGAUUCACAACGUGAGGGCAGUGCUCUCAACACUGCACCAGGUGUUGAAAUUCCCAAUGCCCGGAGGGAUUAAAACAAUUUAUGGAGAACAAUCGGCCGCAAAAGAGAUGUUCGCGGUCAACGAGGUGGUCCUGAUAUCCGCACUUUCGACUCCAAAGGAUCCGAGUUUGGUCGCCAAGGAAGAUACCAAAUAG